AUGGCUGAGACUGGGCAUGCUGCGAUCGACACAGGACUGGAUGCUACCGAGCGCACGCUCGACCCGCCUGACGCCGUCCCCGCCGCCCGUCCUCUCAUCACAUCGCCUCGCAACCCGCCGCCGACCCUCCCGCUUGAACUCGUCGAGGACAUCUUCGAGCUGUACUGGGACGACGGCGAAGAGGGCAGGAUAGCGGUCGUACAGUGCUGCGCAGCUUCUCGGGCGUUCGCGGCAACAGCAGGCCCGCUCAUCUGGCGCGAGGUCGUGGUCCAGUGCGAGAACGUCGUCAAGGCAUACAAGCCCCCGAAAUGGAUACUGCCAGAGCCGCAGUACCUUUCGGCAUCUCACUGGAACAUCAGCUCGAGCGGGCGCAAAAGGCUGUGUGUCCUCGCCGACCGUCCCGACCUGUCCUCGCUCGUCCAGGAUUUUGUCGUGCGCCCGCCGAACGGCAUCGAGCGGUCGGAGAGCGCCGUAAUCUGGAGCAACGACAUGGGCUUGAUACACUUUGCGCUCGAUGGCAUGCACAAUCUCGUGCGCCUCCUCGCCCCUUCCAUCGUCGACCUGGACAAGUACCCUGUCACCCUACCAGGACGCCCGCACCUGCGUCUGCAAUCUCUUGCCGUCUACAGUAUCGCGCGUCUCGAGCGCGUAUCCUAUUACCAGGACUUGACCUUCUUUGAGCUAUGUCCGAACCUCAUCCAUCUCGACUUUUCUACGAUGAACCUGUACCGCGAUCCCUUGCCUGCUCUGCCCCCUCUGGAACACCUCACCUACCGCAGCAAGAUGAAGUUUUCCACCACACACAUGCUUGAGCUCCUCAGCCACUUCUCGUCCACCUUACGACGCCUCGACCUGGACGACCUUCCCGCUGCGCCAAACUGUGGCGACCGCCCACUUUCAAACCUUGGCAGCCUAUCUCGUCUCGAGGCCAUCCACGUGACGCUCCGACACCAUCACGCCAGCACGAAUGAGUACGUCCUCCCAGCCGAGUUUCUCGGCGCAGACUUUACGCAAGAGUGGGUGGACACGAGUGAGUGGGGCGCACUGGCAACGAUGCUGAGGUGGCUUAGCACGCUGCCUCGCGCGGAGCAGCUCACGCUCGUCUUUGUGCUUCCACCUCUCGCCCAUUCUGCGAUGCGCGAGGCGAACAAGCGCUUUUGGCAGGAGUUCUUCCGUGCAUUGCGGGACAGCGAGUGGUGGGACAUGAGGGUGCCAAAGACGGUGAAGAAGGUGGACUGGACCGCGAUCUUUGACGAGGAUGAGGAGUAG